GCAAGUAUUAUUAAUAUUUAGUACAAUAAAAUUAUCAAUAAGUAGAGAUGUGGAAUAUUCAAGACAUAUAGAAAGAAAUCCUGAUAAGUGUCAAAUGUUCGCAAGGAAUCCAUUUUUCGAAUCAGAAUUGGUUGUGAAUACGCAAUGGAAGAUCUAUUACUCAUGGCACAUGCAGAUUGGACCUAAAUGCGUCGAAAUAAGUUUCAAGAACGCUACUAAAGAGAUAGUCCACCGCGUGUGGUCUGAUAUGAACGAGUAUUUGGAGAUGCAGCCCAACUGGGAGGCAGCAGCGCUACUGUUGAACAUAGGCAGCUCGCGGCGAGAAGUCAUGCUGUUCACAGAGCAGGGGCCAGCCGGCGGUUUCACCGGUGUACCUAACAUCGUACGAGAUGGAAAUAUACCACCACUAAGAAAAUCCGUAUCUUUAAUCAAAUUCCACAUGAAGCUGGUGGAGAGUGGUAGAUAUUUGGUGGUUAUGGACUGUCAGUUGGGUGUCGCUUCUCUGUCAGCACGUAGUAACGCCGCUGUAACAUUAGCUGAUGUGAUUGCCGUGGCCAUGGAAACGAAUCUAGGGGAGGGACAUGCAGCGUGCACGGUAGCCAGAGACAAUGAAGAUCCAUUCAUUAUUAAGCAAUAUAUUUAAAUUAAAAAAAAUAUAUUUAAUGUUCCUUAACUGCUGUGACAUGAACCUACCCUAAGUGUGAUAUGACUAAGCCUAAGUAAAAACACUAGCUCAGUGCGCGUUGACUACACAUAUUGAAUUUCCCUGUAGAUUGUGGAAGUUGCAUCAAUAUUUUUUCCACCGUAUUACUGAUAAAAAGGUUAAUUGUUGUGUUUAGU